GAAAGAUUGACUGAACAGGCACUUAAGGAAACUGGACAGAGUCUAGGUAGCUGAUCGAUUCAUUUAGAAAAUGAACCAAUAACAAAAAAAUCUAAAAGAAUGGCCGACAUGGAAGAUGAAGACGUUAAUGAAAUGAGGAAAUUGUUCAGUCAGUCUUCACAUCCAAUUUACAACUUGGACAAUGUAAAAGAAGAUGAUCCUUUUAGAAAAGUCUUAUUGUCAGCAGAUAAGACUCGCUCUCGAUUUUCUUUAGUCACUCCGAGGCCUAGUUCUCGAAUGAAACUGGGAACAGCUUCCGGUUUUCAAAGGCAGCCAACAGCUAUUGCGACGCCACUAAGUAACUACAGACAAGCUAGCGCUUUUCGUCCUACGACAAAUGAUACAAUAAACAGACCCAUGACUGCAGUACGUGGUGCUGGCUACACAUCACAAAAUAAACAAAUUUUUGAUCCUUUGAAUCAAGCUACGAUUUCACCAAAUGCCUUUGAGCUACAAAAAGACGACUCUCCUGAAGAGAAAAUUAAAACCCAAGAAUCAAAAAUUAUGGAACUGGUUGAGGAAUCGUGUCUUGCGAGUAGUGGUGGUAACCAUCGUAAAGCCCUAGAGAAAGCGAAAGAGGCUUCAAAUAAGGAGCGUAGUCUCAUUAGAAUGCAGGAACAAUCAGGACUGGGAGAUAGUCACAAUCUUGAUCUAACAUAUUCAGUUUUAUUUACAUUAGCAAAUCAGUAUGCAGCAAAUGAAAUGUACACAGAAGCCCUAAAUACUUAUCAGUUGAUUACUAAGAAUCGGAUGUUCUCAAACGCCCACAGAUUGAAAGUUAACAUGGGAAACAUUUAUUUCAAGCAGAAGCAGUAUAAUAAGGCUAUGAAAAUGUACAGAAUGGCCCUUGACCAAGUGCCGUCAAAUCAGAAGGGUCUAAGAAUCAAGAUAAUGCACAAUAUAGCGAUGGUUUAUGUGAAAAUGAGACAAUGGGAAGAGGCAAUGUCUAGUCUAGAAUAUAUAAUGAAUGAAGAAGCUAGUCAUCGAGCCGGCCUACAUCUUGUACUGUGCUGCCUUGCCAUUGAAGACAGGGAAAAAAUGAAAGUGGCUUUUUCAUCAUUACUGUCGGUGCCUUUGGAACUUGAAGAUGACGACAAAUACGCUCCAAAUCAAGCUAAUCCUGAGGAUGUUCUUAUAUCAACGGCCAUAAGGAACGACGACCUUCAUUUGUAUGAGAUACAAAAGCGCAAUGACGCGGAAUAUUGCAUCUUAACGUCUGCAAAACUAAUCGCUCCCCUGAUUGGUUCCACUUUCAGCGAAGGGUAUGAUUGGUGUGUGACAACAAUUAAGAAUUCAGAAUAUGCCAAACUUGCUGGAGACUUGGAAAUAAACAAAGCAGUAAUGUAUUUGAAACAGAAACAAGUUUCUGAGGCCAUUGAAACUUUGAAAACCUUGGACAACGAUUCUACAUCCAGUGGGGCUGCUACUAAUCUGAGUUUUAUUUAUUAUAUGCAAGGUGAUCUUAAGAACGCAGAGAAGUAUGGAGAAAUUGUGAAGAAGCUUGACGGUUUUAACGCUGGAGGUUUUAUCAAUUUAGGGGCCUGUGCAAUGGCCAAAAAUCAACUGGAUCAAGCCAAAAACUAUUUCAUAAGCGCUCUCGAAUGUGAUCCGUCUAGUUUUGAGGCCCUUUACAAUUUAGGCCUCGUUCUAAAACAGCAAGGCGCUUACGAUGAAGCCUUGAAAUGUUUUCAAAAGUUUACCGGCUCUUUGGCUCUUAACCCAUCCAUAGCAUAUCAAACAGCGUGGCUGUUCGAACGAAUGGGAGACAACGAGGCUGCCGCUGAAGCUUACCAACAACUCUUGGGCUUAGUACCGUCUGACGCAACAAUACUUCAAAAAAUCGGCGAUCUUUACGACAGCGAGGGGGACAAACAACAGGCUCAUCAUUAUCAUGUAGAUUCUUAUCGUUAUUAUCCAUCAAAUUUGGAGGUGAUUAACUGGCUAGGAACUUAUUACAUUGAGAUGCAAGUAAUAGAGAAGGCGUUAACGUACUUCGAAAAGGCGGUUUUGAUGCAACCUAACGAGCCCAAGUGGUACAUGAUGGUGGCCGGGUGUCACAGACGAAACGGCAACUUACACGCCGCUCUCAAUCUCUACCAAGAAGUCCAUCAGAAGUUUCCUGAGAAUAUUGAGUGUUUAAAGUUUCUGGCACGCAUAUGUAAAGAUUUGGGCAUGCCCGAAUCCCAAAAUUAUAUUUUGGAACUGAAAAAAUUGGAAAAGAGCAAGGAAGUUAGAGAAAGGAUAGGAAGCAGUCGUCCAGUUUCAAGACGCAGUGGAAGCGGUUUAUCAUCGAGGGGAGGAUCAGGAUUCAAUUCGAUUUUGGAAAAUGCCACCGGAAAUGAUAGUUCUUCUUCAGGGAGCAGAAACACCAGAACACGAAGGUCUAAACUAAUUGACCUACACAACAGUGGAGGCAGUUCGGACUCGGGUGUAGGUCGAGGAGGUUCUUCGGGAGAUAACUUUCACGCACCAGAAAGACCAACCACAAGUUAUAGUAAAAAGCACUUAGAUUACGACGAAUUUGGGGAUGAGGAAUUGGGAGACGACCUUUUACCUCAAUAAAAUUCACUUAUUUUAGCA